AUGCCACUCGACACCUCCACCUACUCUCUGGCUCUCCUCCGCCUUGACGGACGCCGGUGGAAUGAGCUACGUCGCAUCCAUGCGCAGAUAUCGACACAAGCCGCCGCGGAUGGCUCUUCCUACCUCGAAAUGGGCAACACCAAGAUUCUUGUCUCCGUGACAGGCCCCGCCGAGGGAAAACAGGCUGGCCAAAGAGGAGGUAACGGUGGACAAGCAAAAGUCGAGGUCGAGAUCAAUUUUGCGGGCUUCAGUGGUAUGGAGAGGCGGCGAAGAGGAGGCGGCGACAAGCGCAGCAAAGAAAUGGAGCAUUGCGUGAGAAGCGCGUUCGAAGGCGUCCUUUUGCUCCACCUCUACCCACAUUCGACCAUCACACUCAACAUACACAUCAUAUCGCAAGACGGUUCGCUCCUCGCAGCAUGUAUAAAUGCUUCCACACUCGCCCUCAUCGAUGCCGGCAUACCCAUGACCGAUUACCUCGUGGCGUGCACAGCCGCCUCGAGCGCGUCCUCGUCCGCUGCUGACAACGCAUCCGCAGAGGAUCCACUGCUUGACCUCAACACCUUGGAAGAGCAGGAGCUACCAUUCCUCACCGUCGGCACGCUGGGCGAGAGCGAUAAAGUUGCGGUCUGUGUCCUGGAGACAAGGGUCAGGAUGGAGCGGCUUGAGGGUAUGCUAGCUGUGGGCAUCGAGGGCUGCAAGAGGCUCAGAAGCAUCCUCGACGAAGUAGUGAAGGGAUACGGAAAGCGCUUUGGUUGA